UUCAUCAUUUGACAUUCAGACUUCCGUAUUUCUACUGUUGUUGUUCUGUUUGCGGUUUACGCCUUACAAGUAAAUAAUAAAUUAAAAUAUUGUGAUAAUAUUAUUUUGACGGAGGAAUUUUGAAAGACCGGCUUCAUGAUGCAAAUGGCAAAUUGGUGGACCCGAGCCGAAUUGCUGGCUGGAGAGCAUGAAGGCUGUGCAGCAUCUCGCAUGUGGCGGAGUGCAUGUGCAACUUUAGUCGCUCCGCAUUCAGAAGAGGCCUGGAGCGAGAUAUCUACAGCCUCGCCUCCUGACUCUGUGUGGCACUCACUCAGGAACUGUGUGGCUUAUCAGGCAGGCGUCUGGCACAGUAUGUUACUGAAAGGCGUGGAUGACGUCAUCCAGCCGGCCGCAUUCAAGCUGGCCAUGGUGUUGAGGCACACACCUUCAGAACUGACCGUUCGUCUGCUUGCUGACCUGUUGCGGUUACAUCCACAGUCGCAAGAUCUAACAGCCUACAUCCUAGCCCUACUCACAGACGACGAAGCGUGGUGCAGCAAUUGCAGCCCCACUAUAGGGGAGGGGGGGGUCCCAGAAAUUGGGCCAGGUGUGGCCGGAGUGGGGGUUAUAGCCCCACUGCGGGACCUGCAACUGUUCGGGGACUGCGAAUUGGCUGUGCUGUCCGCCUCUCGAGAGGAAUAUGAUGCCCACGCGAAGCUGGUGAGGGCUGAGUACUCGAAGUUGAAUCAGAAGAAUUAUGUCGAGCUGAGGAUAAAGAUACUAAACCAGCUGAUACAAGUACCAAAGCUGUAUCAGACGCCGGAGUUUGAGAGUUUCGAAGGCGCCGCGCGGGAGAACAUCGACCGAGAGAUUUGUACGCUGCGGGAACACUUGCUGACUGGCCGGCACGACUAGGAGUGGGCCGGGACUAGUUCCCACGACUACCACUAUGACUAAUGACUGUACUGUGUUGUGCGAAGUGCACUAUGCAAGUGGAUUGUACUGUGUUGUGUAAAAGUACUGUGGAAGUGGAUUGUACUGUAUUGGACAAAAGUGUUGUGUUAGUGUUUGAACUCCUCUGUGUUGUUGUUUGGAGUUUGCCUUGUUUAUCGCUAAGUUGUGAAAACAACUCUAUUGAUGCAGUAAGAUUAUAGCUAUAUUAAUGGAUUGUGGACGGUGCAUACUAAACACUUAAAUUAUGUAUCCCCACUUGGUAUUUUAAAAGCCAAAAUAAAUCUGUCUGUCUCAGCAUAACGCCGAAAUCACUGAAGCAAUUUGGAUGACAUCUAGUACAGAGAGUGAUUGAAACCUGGAUAUAGAAUAGUUUAGUUUAAUCAAGAACUAUGUGGGUGAAAACCCUGUGUCUGUCCAUAUUUCCAACAGCAUUCCAUCAGGAAAGCUUGGCAGAAAUAUAAUAAUUGAUUAAUAUGUAUAUAAUAUAUACAUUUUUUUAAUAAACUGCAAUCAGUAGUAAGACUAUGAGCAGAUCUGUUGUAGACACGUAUGGCGGGAAGGGUGCUGCUCCCAUUAGAGUACACCCUAUCUUCUAAAGGGCUUGACGGCCGGCAGUGUGGGCUAAUCAAAAAUAUCUCGUCGCUUUUUCAGUUGACGCAUGCUUUCUGGUUCAAGCAAUUUUGUCUCGAGUGGGUUUGGGUAUUUGCCUAAACGUAAUUUGUAUGAAGAAUAUUGACUGCAUAUUUCGUCUUUGACAGUUAGUACUCUCAAUAAAGAUAAGGACUUUUUCCAUUCUCAUAAACCAGGGAGCACCUGAUAAUUGUCUAAGAAUGUAGUUUUGAAUGCGUUGCAUUAUCAUUAUAUUAGAGUUACAAGUUGCACCCCACACUUGCAGUCCAUAUGUCCAUAUUGGCUUCAGAACAUUUGAUAAAUGAGAAGCUUGUUGUCCAUGGAAAGUUUUGAAUUUCGUCCUAGAAGCCAAUGGAGCCCGCUGUAUUUUAAAUUGAUUUCAUCUCUUUUUGUUUUAAUGUGUUUUUUCCAGGUAAGUCGGCGAUCUAGAUCAUGCCUAGAUACUUGACAGCCUCACAAUGUGGAAGUUGAGUAUCAUUAAAUAUUUAUAUAAUUAAUAUAGUGUUGCAAUCUUCAUCAAUAGCCUGAAAAUAUUUGCGUCUUCUCACUAUCCUUCAUACUUAAUGGCUAAAAUUACAAGUAUCUUAUAUCUUUAAACGAGCAAUUCUUAUAUAUAUAUAUAUAAUUGGAAUCUCG